AUGCUGCUGCCCACUGUACUAUGUAUCCUAAUUGGAACCGGCCUCGCCGUCCCCAUGGACGAGCUGAGGUCCAACCUUGAGUGGAUGGACUACAGCACCAACGUGGCCGAGUCAGCUUACCGACUCCUCGACACUAUCCAGCCUAGAACUAUGAGAGUCGACCUAGAUGUCUUCUUAAACGAAGCUAGGUUUGAUGGUAUCGUUAGCAUGGAUAUUGAGGUUCUAGCGAGCAACAUUGAACAGAUCGUGUUCCACCAGAACGUGGUCUCUAUCCAGGGUGUGAAUUUGGUUACCGCCCGUGGUGAUCCAGUGGGAUUAAAAUUCCCGGAUCCGUUCACUAUUGACAGACAUUACGAACUCCUGCUGAUCAACCUCGCCCAACCAAUCGCUGCUGGUAAUUACACCGUCACAGUGAGGUAUCGCGGUCAAAUCAAUACCAAUCCUGUUGACAGAGGUUUUUACCGAGGUUACUAUUACGUCAACAAUCAGCUCAGAUAUUAUGCUACCACACAAUUCCAGCCAUUCCAUGCUAGGAAGGCCUUCCCGUGCUUCGACGAGCCCCAGUUUAAAUCAAUAUACAUCAUUUCAAUCACCCGAGACAGGAGCCUUAGUCCGACAUACUCGAACAUGCCUAUAUCUAACACAGAAACCCCUUCUACCAACCGCGUCAAAGAGACGUUCUUCCCAACUCCCAUCGUCUCUUCUUACUUGGUAGCGUUCCACGUAAGCGAUUUUGUUGAAACCAGUCUCACCGGUACCGACUCUCGUCCAUUCGGAAUAAUUUCUCGCCAAGGUGUAACGUCUCAACAUGAAUAUGCCGCCAAAAUCGGUUUGAAGAUUACCGACAAGCUUGAUGAUUACUUUGGAAUUUUGUACCACGAGAUGGGUCAGGGUACGAUUAUGAAGAACGAUCACAUUGCCUUGCCUGAUUUUCCAUCUGGUGCGAUGGAGAACUGGGGAAUGGUAAACUACAGAGAAGCGUACCUGCUCUACGAUCCGCAGCACACGAAUUUAAUCAAUAAGAUCUUCAUCGCCACCAUCAUGGCUCACGAAUUAGCUCACAAGUGGUUCGGCAACCUUGUCACAUGUUUCUGGUGGAGCAACUUGUGGCUCAACGAGUCUUUUGCUAGCUUCUACGAAUACUUCGGUGCUCAUUACGCGGAUCCUUCUUUGGAGCUAGACGACCAAUUUGUUGUGGACUACGUACACAGUGCUCUGACGUGGGAUGCUGGAACUGGUGCGACGCCGAUGAACUGGACGGAAGUGUCUAAUAAUUCAUCGAUCUCUUCCCACUUCAGUACAACAAGCUACGCCAAGGGCGCUUCGGUUCUCAGGAUGAUGGAGCAUUUCCUCGGGUCCAGAACUUUCAGGAACGGCCUGAGAUACUACCUCAGAGACAAUGCUUACGGCAUUGGUACUCCAGCGGACUUGUACGCUGCAUUGAGAAGAGCUGCCUCUGAAGACCACGUUUUCGCCCGUGACUUCCCUAACGUCGAUGUCGGAGAAAUUCUAGACAGCUGGGUCCAAAAUCCAGGGUCUCCCGUCAUUAAUGUAGAAUUUAACACAAACAAUGGCGUUAUCACUUUGACUCAGGAGCGUUUCCUCCUCACUGGAUCACGAGACCAGCUUUGGCGAAUUCCUAUCACCUGGACUGAUGCAACGACCCGUAAUUUCUCCAACACCAGACCCAGCUUAAUUAUGAACACCAGAACUGUCAACAUCCAGGGUAACGCCGGCCAACACUGGGUGAUGUUGAACAUCGCUCAAUCUGGUUUGUACCGUGUCAACUAUGACGACAGCACUUGGCAGCGAAUUGCUGCUUUCCUCCGAACCAACAGAGAGGCAGUUCACAAACUAAACAGAGCUCAAAUCGUCAACGACGUUUUGUUCUUCAUUCGAGCUGGUAAGAUCACCACGUCUCGCGCUUUCGACGUGUUAUCAUUCCUGGAAAAUGAGAGAGACUAUUACGUUUGGGCUGGCGCUAUCACGCAACUCGAAUGGAUUCGCAGGAGACUGGAACAUUUGCCUCAAGCGCAUGAAGCUUUCACAGCUUACACUCUGGAUCUUCUUAGAAACGUGAUCAAUCACCUGGGAUACAACGAACGCGCAACCGACUCCACAUCAACCAUUCUCAACAGAAUGCAGAUCUUGAACCUCGCCUGCAACCUCGGGCAUUCCGGCUGCAUCAGCGACAGUCUUCAGAAAUGGAGACAGUUUAGGAACAAUCCGACCAAUUUGGUCCCAGUGAAUUCUCGGCGCUACGUGUACUGUGUUGGUGUUCGUCAAGGCAACUCCAGUGACUACAACUUCCUCUUCGAGCGGUACAAUGCUUCCCAGAACACAGCCGACAUGGUCGUUAUGCUGCGAGCUCUCGCUUGUACUAGAGACACAAACUCAUUGCAACAUUACAUGUUCCAGUCAAUGCACAACGAUAGGAUCCGCAUCCACGACCGCACGAACGCCUUUAGUUAUGCUCUACAAGGCAACAGGGAAAAUUUGCCUAUCGUUCUUAACUUCCUGUAUCAAAACUUUGCGGCUAUUCGCACCAGUUAUGGAGGUGAAGCUCGUCUCGUCACAGCUGUUAAUGCAAUAUCUGGGUUCCUAACUGAUUUCGCAAUAAUAAGAGAGUUCCAAUCUUGGGUAUACGCCAACCAGCUAGCUCUCGGCACCGCCUUCUCCACAGGAGUUUCUGUCAUUAAUUCUGCCAUCAGCAACCUCGAAUGGGGCAACGCUGAAGCCACUGACAUUUAUAACUUCCUGUUGGCUAGGAGCUCAUCAACCACCGUUACCUCAUCCUUCAUUCUAAUGAUCACAGCAUUAGUUGUUAAAAUGUUUCAUUAG